AAUUCAGUCAAGAAUCGACGAUAAUUACCGGUGGUUGUAUCACAUCACGCGCAGCAGCAGCCGCAGCAGACGAAGAAGCAGCAAGAAUCAGACGCAGCAGAGGAACGAGGGCUCUGUUUUCGGAACUAUAUAUAUAUAUUUGUACAUACAUGUGCGUAACGUGACGUAUCAUAACGUAACGUAACGGCCAGUGCAGACACACUCACACACACGAACGCAUGUGUAUACGAAGUUAAGCGUUUAUAUUGGCGAAUUUUCGGCGGCCUUUAAUUUGUUUGUGUUUUUUUGCCGUGUUCUUGUCGUUGUUUCGCGUACAUGCAAUUACCAGGCAGCCGCAAAAGACUAUAAUUACAAAACUAAAGUGAAAAGCGUGCCAUAAUUACACGAGCGCAGUAUCAAUAAGUGCGAGCAAUGUGCGAAAAUUGCUAACAAACGCAGCAAACACACACACACACAACCGGGACACAUCUACGCCGCACAGCAGCAACGCAGCAGUAGCAGCAGCAAACUCCGCAGCAACUCGCAUCCCGUAGAGCUUUCAUCAUGAUCGAUGCGGCGUGCAAUUACUUAAAUCUAAAUCCGUACGCGCACCAGCACCAGGCGCAGCAGCAAACGCAACAGCAGCAGCAGCUCACCAUGCAGCAGCAACAGCAGCAGCAGCAACAGCACCUGCACAUGCAGCACCAUCACCAUCAUCACCAGCAACAGCAGCAGCAGCCGCAUCACCAUCUCCACUUGCAGCAGCACCACAUGCAACAGCAGCAGCAAGCACUGGAGCAGACACAGCAGCCCCAGCCACAUGACUUCCUCAGCGCCGCCCUGCUAUCCGCCCCACCAUCCCUAUCCGGCAGCAGCUCCAGCAGCAGCUCCGGCAGCUCACCGCUGUACGGCUCCGGAUCCGCUUCCGCGGUAGCCGCGGGCAAGGCGCCCAUGAAGCUGGAGCUACCAUAUCCGCAGGCCUCAUCCACCGGCACCGCUUCGCCCAACUCCAGCAUCCAGUCGGCGCCCUCAUCCGCCUCCGUUUCGCCCAGCAUCUUCCCCUCGCCCGCCCAAUCCUUUGCCUCCAUAUCCGCCAGUCCCUCGACACCCACAACGUCCGCCAUGGCGGCACCAACGGGAGCGGGUACAGGUGCUGGUUCUGGAGCGGGAGCCAGUGGACCAGUGGCAACCUCAUCAUUAUCAUCAUCCGCGUCGUCCUCAUCCUCGGCCUCUUCGCCCUCGUCCGCUGCCUCGGCAGCAGCGGCGGCGGCAGCAGCAGCAGCGGCAGCCGCGGAUCUGGGAGCAGCAGCGGUGGCCAGUGCCGCCUACGGCUGGAAUACCGCCUACUCUGGUCUAGGACCGGCAAGAAGCCAGUUCCCCUAUGCCCAGUACGCCUCCGAUUAUUAUGGCAAUGCGGUAGGCAUGUCCUCCUCCGCCGCCUGGUUCUCACACCAGGAGCGCCUGUACCAGCCAUGGAGCUCUCAGAGCUAUCCGGGCUUCAACUUUGACGACAUUGCCUUCCAGACCCAACUGCAGCGGCGCUCUGUGCGCUGCACAUGCCCCAACUGCACCAACGAGAUGAGCGGUUUGCCCCCCAUUGUGGGUCCUGAUGAGCGGGGCCGCAAGCAGCAUAUCUGCCACAUUCCCGGCUGCGAGCGGCUGUACGGGAAGGCUUCGCAUUUGAAGACUCACCUGCGCUGGCACACGGGCGAGCGACCGUUCCUGUGCCUCACCUGCGGCAAACGCUUCUCCCGCUCCGACGAGCUGCAGCGGCAUGGACGGACGCACACCAACUACCGCCCCUACGCCUGUCCCAUCUGCUCCAAGAAGUUCUCCCGCAGCGAUCACCUGAGCAAGCACAAGAAAACCCACUUCAAGGACAAGAAAAGCAAGAAGGCUUUGGCGGCAGAGGCCAAGGAGCAGGCGGCGGCGGCCAUAAAGCAGGAAAAGAAGGAGAAAAAAUCCAGCAGCGGCAAGCCGCUAGCCCCAUCGCCUGUUGAGUUCAAGCAGGAGCAGCCGGAGGCAGCGCCGCUCGUGAAUUACACGCCCUAUGCCAAUCUCUACCAGCAGGCGGCGGGCACCACGGCGAAUCCACCGCCGCCGCCACCACCGCUCUUCCAGCACCAGCAGCAGCAGCAGGCCGCCCAGCAAAUGGCCAGCUAUGAGCCAUGGAGCAGCCGUGCCAUACAGCCAGCCACUACCUCAGCGAAUUCCUCCGCGUCCUCCAGCGCCAGUUCACCCUCAUCCUCCGCCGCAGCAGCCGCUGCCGCCGCCGCCGCCGCAGCAGCAGCAGCCGCCGUUACUCGCACCAGCUCUGGCUCUGUCUCCGGAUCAGCUUCCUCGCCCGCCGCUUCCGCCACGGUGCUGGCCCAGCACCAUUACGCGGCCCUGGCCAUGCAGAGUGAAUCACAAUUGGCGGCGGAAUACGGCCUGACGAUGAGUGGCCUGGCCAGCGGGGCGAGUCAGGACUCUAGCUCCAGUUGCCACAUGAAGUCCGAGUAUGCGGCCAGUUAUCCGGCGGAGUUUGGAGCGAGCACCGCCGGCUAUGGCUACCCGCAUCCGCAUCCGCACCACCACAACGCCUGGGCAGCGGCCUAUCAUCCGCAUGCCACCGCCUAGGAUGGCGGGUCAAGACCCAGUUGUUGUUACAGUUUAAGGAUAUAAACAAGGCCAUAAAGUCUCCCCCCGGGUGAGAGGCGGUAAAGCAAGCGUAGAACGAACCUCUAGUGUGUUUUUUUUUCUGUGUUUAUUGUUGACGAAAAAAAUGUAUGUGAAAAUCCCAAAAAAAAGA